AUCGUCCGGGUGCCCAGCGGUUGCUAUGAUACCGCGGGCCGUUAUGCCGGCGCGGACUGAUGAUGUAACCACUGUUUCCGGCCGCUAGCGCGUCCCUGUCGCCCGAGCCAGCAUGCUCUGCUGGGCCCUCAGUGCAUGGCCUGGAAGAGCCCACUCAUCCUGAACGAAUUCUUCUGCAGCCUCAGACCGUCUUUGAGGAGGAUGACUGAGACACUAUGGGCCAUGCGCUGUGUGUCUGCUCUCGGGGAACUGUCGUCAUUGACAAUAAGCGCUACCUCUUCAUACAGAAACUGGGGGAGGGUGGGUUCAGCUAUGUGGACCUAGUGGAGGGGUUACAUGAUGGACACUUCUACGCCCUGAAGCGAAUUCUGUGUCACGAGCAGCAGGACCGGGAGGAGGCCCAGCGAGAAGCAGACAUGCAUCGGCUCUUCCAUCACCCCAAUAUCCUCCACCUCGUGGCUUACUGUAUGAGGGACCGGGGCUCGAAACAUGAGGCCUGGCUGCUGCUACCCUUCUUCAAGAGAGGUACGCUGUGGAAUGAGAUAGAGAGACUGAAGGACAGAGGCAGCUUCUUGACUGAGGACCAAAUCCUGCUGCUGCUGCUGGGUAUCUGCAGAGGCCUUGAGGCCAUUCAUGCCAAGGGUUAUGCCCACAGAGACCUAAAGCCCACCAAUAUCUUGCUUGGAGAUGAGGGGCAGCCUGUUUUAAUGGACUUGGGUUCCAUGAAUCAAGCACGUAUCCACGUGGAGGGUUCCCGCCAGGCCCUGGCCCUGCAGGACUGGGCGGCCCAGCGAUGCACCAUCUCCUACCGGGCCCCGGAGCUCUUCUCCGUGCAGAGCCACUGUGUCAUUGAUGAGCAGACUGACGUCUGGUCCCUAGGCUGUGUGCUGUAUGCCAUGAUGUUUGGGGAAGGCCCUUAUGACAUGGUGUUCCAGAAGGGUGACAGUGUGGCCCUUGCUGUGCAGAACCAGCUCAGCAUUCCACAAAGCUCCAGGCAUUCUUCAGCAUUGCGGCAGUUGGUGGCUUCCAUGAUGACUGUGGACCCCCAGCAGCGCCCUCUCAUUCCUGUCCUUCUCAGUCAGGUGGAGGCACUGCAGCCCCUACCUCCUGGCCAGCACACUUCCCAAAUCUGAAGAAACCAGUGGCCCUUUGAGAAAGUGGACCCUUGUGCCUUGGAAAGAGGCUCCUGUGCCUCACUGGAAUCUCCAUCCAUUCUAUCCAGGACUGUUGUCUUAUAAUUGGGGACAGGAGAGGCAGGGACAGUCAUCUUAGUCCUGCAUCUGUGCUUCUGCUCUUACCCCCAAAAGCAACAACUGGGCAAGUUGCCUGACUGAGUUGGGGGUGGUGGGUAGGGGAAAGGGAAACUGAUCAGAAUAUGGUACAUGACUCUGAGCAGGACUACUGAGCUCAUAUCAUGGUCUGCCUCCAAACCUGGAGCAGGAGAAUAUAUAAACAAAAGAAUAAAGCAAAAGCCUGUUGGUGUAGUUCUUCAUUUCAUUGUUGCUAGAGUGAAAGGAUGCAGGGGCCCCAAAUUGUGGUUGUCAUUUCCUGGGGAAUAGCAUGGGAAGGACUGGUAUAGAGUCAGGAAAGGCGUGACUUCAUCCUCCCAUGCAAGGAGGCAGGUAUCCUUCCUUUAGAUCUAGCUGGUUGGCAGUGAGCUUGUCCUAGCCAAAAACUUAAAGCUGCACUGCCUUCAGCUGGCUUCUACCUGUGCCAAGAACUGGAACCAGGGCCCCCUAAAAGCACACUCAAUUAGUUUUUUCAUUCCUUCCCUGCCAGGGGUGGGUAGCUUGGCCAAAGCAGCCCAGGUGGUUUGCCAGGCAAGGCCUUCUGGGUGCAGACUCCCAAGGAAGCUUUGGGGCAGGUCUCCCAGCCUCCCUGUGGGGGCAAGGGGAGUGGAGGUGGCAGCCAUUUUGGCACAGGUCUCUCCCUAAUGGUCCCAGCUCACACACGGUUAAUGAUUAAUGAGGCCAGGGUGGCUGGCAGUAUCCAGCUGCCACUUCCUGCCUGCUCUGCUGAGUAAACAGGGGCCCUGCCUUGGUUGGGCUUGAAACCUGUUCCUCAGGUAAGGGCACUGCGUCCCUGACUCACCAGGGAGGGACAGGUGAUUCAGGCCUCUCCUCCAGAGAGCGAAGCUUCCCCCUCCCAACCACACCCACCCCCACAUGCCGACGUCAGCGUGGGGCCUGGGGUGCCUAUUAGCAAAGUUGAAAUUUUCCCCAGGGCCCAGGCAGGAGGCUCCCACCAGCUAGCAUGGAGGCUGGGAGGCUGAGGCCAGAAAGAAAGCACAAACAGAGGGGAGAUGACCUGACUUUUAAUGGCACAGCCCCAAGCCCCAGCAAAGCAGCAGGACAAACUGUAAGCUAUGCAAAGCUGCUGGGAGGUGCAGUGGCACAAACAACUCCAGGAGAUCACACUUGUCCCUUCCCAUCCCCCAAGCUUAUGACUAGGCUUCAUGCCCAGGAAUUCUGGGCCAGGCCAGCCCAGCCCCACUCCCAAACCCUCAAAAUGCAGUGGAGCCUGGGCCAAGCCUUGUUUCCAGAGCUGGUCCAUGCAGAAGCAGCAGGAAGAACAGAGUAGCAGUCCAACUCUCAAAUACAGAAACCACUGGACUUAAGGUCCUACUUGGAAAGAAAGUGAAGACUCAGUAUCCUCCAAUAGCUUGUGGCUGGACAGAGAGGCCCAUAACUGGUCCUCAUCUCCUCCCUAUCCUGGGUGCCCCCAGGCCUUAUAUCAAAGUCCCUGGGGUCUGCUUCCUGGACCUGGAAGGGACGCCUUGGCAGCUCUCACCUUCAGCCAUGGAAGGGAAAAGGGUCACGAGCAGCAAAUAGGGUGGCAGCAGC